GGGCUGCUGGGGAGCCGCGGCCCUGGCUGGGCGGUGCCUGGGAGCCGGCGCUCCCUGCACACGAGUCUCCGGAGCUGCCCGGCGAGCAGGACCCGCCCAGCAUGGGGCCGGGGGCCGAUCGGCAGGGGGAGAGCGGGGCGGAGUGCGGCUCCUCCACGUGAGACGCUGGGCAGUGACAGGAGCCGAUCGCCGCCUGCACAGCGCCGGGGACCAGCUGGGCUGGGGCUGCCUGUCCGGACCUGCCCCGCGCCCGCCAGCGGGUCCCUCCCGGGCACGCACUGGAAGCAGGGAGAGGAUGAUCUUUGCUGCCCCGCCUGCCAGCAGCAGCUGCCUGUGAAGGAGAGAAAAACAAGCGCAGGGAGAGCUGGGAGAGAUUAUUCAUGAUGUCUGUCAAGAAGGAAGGUGCCCAGAAGAAAUGGGCUGCCGUAAAGGAGAAACUUGGGCCCCAAGAGACUGACCAGUCAGAGGCCAACCUGGAAAAUGCAGAGCCAGAGCUAUGCAUUCGCCUCCUACAAAUGCCCUCAGUAGUGAACUACUCUGGUCUCAAGAAGCGAUUGGAGAGCAGUGAUGACACCUGGAUGGUCCAGUUCCUUGAGCUGAGUGGCCUAGAUCUGCUCUUAGAGGCCCUGGACAGGCUGUCUGGAAGAGGAGUAUCCAGGAUUUCUGAUGCCCUGCUUCAGCUCACCUGCAUUAACUGUGUGCGAGCUCUCAUGAACUCCCACAAGGGGAUCGAAUACAUUGUCAGCAAUGAAGGCUAUAUCAGGAAACUCUCUCAAGCACUGGACACAUCUAAUGUCAUGGUCAAAAAACAGGUGUUUGACCUGCUCGCUGCACUCUGCAUUUACUCCCUGGAUGGGCAUGCCCUGGCUUUGGAUGCUCUGGACCAUUAUAAGACGGUGAAGAACCAGCAGUACCGAUUCAGUGUCAUAAUGAAUGAGCUCUUCGCUACGGAUAACGUGCCUUACAUGAUAACACUGCUAAGUGUUAUUAAUGCCGUGAUCCUGGGGACUGAAGAACUAAGAAUCAGGACGCAGCUCAGAAAUGAGUUUAUAGGUCUUCAGUUGUUGGAUAUUUUAACCAAGCUAAGAGAUAUUGAGGACGAGGACCUGUUUAUCCAAUGUGAGACAUUUGAGGAGUCCAAGGCCGAAGACGAUGAGGAGUUGUUAAAGAUAUGCGAUGGGAUUGACAUGAACAAUCACCAAGAGGUCUUUUCGUGUCUUUUCAAUAAAGUGAGCAGCUCUCCAGUCGCCAUCCAACUGCUGUCCAUUCUCCAGACCCUUUUGCAUUUGGAACCUUCUCAUCAGUCCAACCUGUUGUUGUGGGAAUCUUUGGAAAUCUUAGUGAACAGAGCCAUUUUGCUUGCAAAUGACAUCCAAGGGAACAGCAUUGAAGAAGUCCUGGAGAGACUGUUAUCCAUAAAGAAGUGCCCAAACCAACAAAACUUAGAGCGAAAGCUAUCAGCUGAGAGAGUGAGCGAAAGCACUCAGACUGACACAGAUUUAGGGGAGUCCCUGAGUGCAGCUCAGAGCUCCGCUACGACAGCCUUCCCUCAGGUGACAGCAGCACCUCCACCGGGGCCACCAGGAGCCACAGAGAACGUCUCACCCUCCCAGCUACCAGCCUGCUCCACUUCACCAGGGCAGUGCAUAUUCCCGCCUAGUUCUGCUCUUCCUCCUCCCCCCCCACCACUGCCCGGCACGGCAGCUGUGCCAGCCCCUCCUCCCCCACCACCACUGCCCGGCACGGCACCUGUGCCAGCUCCUCCUCCCCCACCACCACUGCCCAGCACGGCACCUGUGCCAGCCCCUCCUCCCCCGCCACCACUGCCCAGCAUGGCACCCGUGCCAGCCCCUCCUCCCCCACCACCACUGCCUGGUCUGGGAGGCAUGCCUCCGCCUCCUCCCCCACUGCCCGGCCUGGGAGGCAUGCCUCCGCCUUCUCCCCCACUGCCCGGCCUGGGAGGCAUGCCUCCGCCUCCUCCCCCACUGCCCGGCCUGGGAGGCAUGCCUCCGCCUCCUCCCCCACUGCCCGGCCUGGGAGGCAUGCCACCUCCUCCUCCCCCACUGCCCGGCCUGGGAGGCAUGCCUCCGCCUCCUCCCCCACUGCCCGGCCCGGGAGGCAUGCCUCCGCCUCCUCCCCCACUGCCCGGCCUGGGAGGCAUGCCACCUCCUCCCCCACUGCCCGGCGUGGGAGGCAUGCCACCUCCUCCCCCACUGCCCGGCCUGGGAGGCAUGCCACCUCCUCCCCCGCCAGGAGGCAACGUGGAAGAAGUAGUGGUUGCCCACGUUGACUGUGCUUUGGGCUACGCCAGGCCUUUCCCCAAGAAGGUGAAGACUCCGACCCUGAGAAUGAAGAAACUCAACUGGCAGAAGCUGCCCUCCAAUGUGGUGCGAGAAAGUCGCUCCAUGUGGGCGUCAGUGAGCAGCGGCAGCGAUGAAGCUAUAGAGCCAGAUUACAUGAGCAUUGAGCAGCUUUUUUGUUUUCCGCAAACAAAGCCGAAGGAGAAAGCAGCUACCCCAGGGAAGGUGGAACCAAAGGAGAUCACAUUCUUAGACUCCAAGAAGAGUCUCAAUCUGAACAUAUUUUUGAAGCAAUUUAAAUGCUCAAACAAAGAGGUAGCUGACAUGAUUCAAAAAGGGGACAGGACCAAGUUUGACGUGGAGGUUCUGAAGCAGUUACUGAAGCUGUUACCCGAAAAACAUGAGAUAGAAAACCUGAAAACCUUCAAGGAAGAAGAAGCCAAGUUAGCAAGUGCAGAUCAAUUUUAUCUUCUCCUGCUCAGGGUUCCCAGCUACCAGCUGCGGAUUGAGUGUAUGCUGUCAUAUGAAGAGACCGCUGUCAUGCUAGAUAUGCUACAGCCAAAAGCAGAAGCAAUCAGGAAAGCCUGUGAAGAUCUUCUAACGACCCAUCGCCUGCCAGUUUUCUGUCAACUGAUUCUCAAAGUUGGAAACUUUCUUAACUAUGGAAGUCACACUGGAGAUGCUGAUGGCUUUAAAAUUAGCACUUUACUCAAACUAACUGAAACCAAAGCAAACCAAACCCGUGUUACUCUUCUCCACCAUAUUCUGGAGGAAGUAGAGAAAAGUCACACAGACCUCCUGCAGCUUCCCAAGGACCUUGAAUGUGUCUCAAAGGCAGCCGGAAUUAACCUUGAAAUCAUACGUGCGGAGUCCAGUUCCAAUUUAAAGAAGCUGCUAGAACUUGAGCGAAAGGUUUUGUCAUCGAAAGACGACGUGAAAGCCCAGUAUGAGACGCCCAUCCAGGACAGCAUAAAUGCAUCAAAGAAGUUGGAGGAGGAGUUUGAAAUCAUUGAAAGGAAGAAGGAGGAACUUGCAAAUUAUCUCUGUGAAGAUGCAAACAAGCUGUCAUUAGAAGAUAUAUUUAGCACCAUGAAAACCUUCAGGGAUCUCUUCAUCAGAGCACUAAAGGAAAACAAGGACAGGAAGGAACAAGCUGUAAAGGCAGAAAAAAGGAAGAAACAGUUGGAAGAGGAAGACGCUAAGAGACAAAAGGGAGACAACGGGAAGAUCAUUAAGAAAGGGGCCGUGAAGCAGGACGAGGUGUGUGUUAUUGAUGCCCUGCUGGCCGACAUAAAGAAAGGUUUCCAGUUGCGGAAAACGGCUAAAAACAAGAGUGCGCCGGACACUGCUCCUAAAGCCUCACCUGCCGAAACGCUGAAGGAGAGAGAGCCUGGAAAGAGUGUUGAUGCGUCAGAAACAGCAGCAACGAAGGAAAGUGCCUCUGAGACCAAGCAAAAGGAUGGCAAUCAGCACACAGAAAACACUCCGGCCUCAGAAGCUGCUGCCACUGCGACGGCUACUGGUAGAGUUGUCAAAGAGACACCAGCUUCCGACGAAGUGCUUCCUAAAGACAGAGCUGGAGGAAGUUCGCCACAACAGCCCUGUACUGACAGGAGCGCCUUACCUUCAACUGAAGUUGAGGGAACCCAUCAGCCCAACAAUGGAGUGAGUAUUCAGCAGAUCAACGGCUCGUGUAGCUUUCAAAAGAACAUGGAAUACAACUCCAUUGUGUUCGCGCCAUCGAACCCCGGAACAACUAUAAAGUUUGCAAACAGCUAUUCAGGCAACUGUACUGGUUUAGAAGAGGAAUUGAACGGAUCCCUCUCAGGAGACAAAAACAGUGAAUCCGGACCCACUCAGUUAGAAGGAGGCCUGGUGUCUAAUGAACAAACGUCACAACCAAGUGAUGCAGUUGGGAACGAGUCUAAAACCAGAGCUGAACUAGCACCUGGCAGUGCUAAAAUGACUCCAACCAAUGAGUCGAGUUCUCAGCAUACAGAGUUAAGGGGGACAGAGAAAGAAAAUGACGACCCGGCCGCAGACUCCUUGCUGGACACCUCGCAGGAGAAAUCCUUCUCAGAAGAGCCAGUGACUGAUUCUUCUUGCUCCGCAACAGUCCCUCCGGCGCAAGCACUUACUGACAAGGAAGGGCAAAGAGGGUCUGGGAAACGGAGAAAGAAGAAACGACACAGCAAAAGCCAGUCAGCAGAGGUUGACAUUGAUACUGGAGAUAAUAAAACCAAAAAUCGUUGUGUGAUACAGUGAGGUGUCACAGCAAAGCAGAAGAAUAAAUAACAAGGAGUCAGUGAAACACUGACAAAUCCAUAUAAUGCUGCCAUACUCUAGGAAGCACGUUCCACAGUGUUGAAAUUCCAUUACUGAUCAUGUUUGUAGUAAUAUCUUGGGAUGUAAAGUUUCUUCUAAAAUGGUCUUUCACUAAUCCUUCCUUGGGGAUUCUGUGUAUCCAGCAAAUAACCGCCAGAUGCAAGAGACUUAAGCACCUUCAGAAUGUGCCUUAUGUGAAUGCUGCCAGGGUCUGAUGCUGAAAAUGCUUCAUACCCAGAACUUCUGUGGAAGCUGAUGGGAGUUCCAUGUGUCGAGGGCUGAUAGGAGUAGGCCACUGAUAAACUUCACUUGGGGUCAAAUCCUGUAGUCCCUUCCUAGGCCAAACUCUUACUGAAGACAAUGAGGGCAUGGCCUGGGUAAUGACUGCAGCAUUUUACCCCAUGAGUCAUUUUAGAGACAGCAGUGCCUCCAAAACUGAAUUAUGGGUAAAAGUAGGCACUGUCAUCAGCAUCUGAUUGGAAAUCUAUUACUUCCCAUUCUAGUGCCCUACCAGCAAUUGGAACUGAUGUUGGACCAAAUAAAAGACCCAAUUCAGAUGAACAUACUUUCCCUUGCUAUCAUUUUAGACAGGGGAUAUCUAUUAAAGGAAAAUGUAUUGUAGUGAACAGCUGGCUGUUUGAACACUAAGGACUUGUCUAUAUGGAGAGUUAGUUCGCGUCAAGUUGGAGUUCAAAUGUACAAUGCACUGGCCUGCUGCGCACUAACUCGUAAUGUGGGCCCUGGUACCACACACUAGAAGUUUUAUGUUGCACUUUGAUCUACUCCAGUUUCAGUUUGGGGCAGUAUUCUACCUAUUUCAAAUGGGAGUAGAUCAAGGCACACUACAGAACUUCAAGUGGGCAUUCGGAGGGUCCACGCUGCCUGUUAGUGCACGUGACAGGGUGGGGCACUACACUCCAGCUUACUGCACCCUAACUCUCCAUAUACACAAGUCCUAAGGCCUGGAUCCUGCAAAGACUUAAACACACAUUAACUUUAAGCACAUGAAUAGUCCUAUGGAGUUCAGUGGAACUUCUGACGUGCAUAAAGUUAGACACAUGCAUGAGUCUUUGCAGGUCUGGGGCCUAGAGUAUCUAUUUUGUUAAAGAAACAGGAAGAGAUUUUUCUAGGGUGAUCCAUUCAAAAUAUUUUAAACUAAUAUUAUUUGGCAAAUCUCUGGUUCUGAAUAUUUAUUGGCUGCUGCAUGCACUCAAAGGCAUUUGGACUCAAACUACAGAAUGUUUAGAGUCUGUUUCAGUUUAAAAGAUAGUUAUGCAAUUUGUGCUUUAAAACUGGGAACCUGCAGUAUUUGGUGUUAAGAAAUCAGAGUUUUAUUUCUGAAUUAUGUUUUAUAAUAACCUUGUACCAUGUAAUUUUGUACAUAGCUGUCAAUUUAAAAUUCUAUAUGUUUGUUCAAUCUGUAUUGCAGUUUUAGAUUGCAGUGGGAACUGUGUGGAAAAUCAUUACUUUUAGCAAUCAUGCCUAUAUACAGUAACUUGCUGAGUUAUAUAAUAGUCUUCAAGCUAAACCGAUUUUGCACUGCUUAUUUAGACUUGAUGAAGGGUCAUUUACUAAUGAAGUUCAGAAUUAAAACAGGGGCUACCUUUAACUAAAAACUUUGCUUGGAGUGCAGUGAAAAUUGGUUAACUACAGCAAUUACCAGUUUAGAAUGGACCGCUACCUUUAUCAGAUUCGGCUGCGGAAGUCCUCUGUAGCAGUGUAGCAAAGCUGCAUUUGAAAUCGUGUUCACCACUGGCGUAAACAUGUAGAGGUUCACUAACUUCAGUGGAGCUGCACUGUCAGCAAUGAAUGGGACCCUUCUUAAUGAGAAAACACACAUAAGAGCUUAGGGGUCAAUCACCGUUGUAAUGGUCAUGGCUGGAGGGCUAGCUGCACCCUGUCCCCUUUUUGGUCUCUCUGAAUGCACCCCCUCAAGUGUCAGGCCUCGUGUCUUUACUUAUCCCAGGCUGGAAUUCUACAGUUCUCCCACUCAGACUGGUACCUGGGCUUCAGUACCCAGCAGGUCUGACUGGGUUCCACACUUAUGGUUCUUCCCUUCGGGAGCCUGUGGCCGAUGGUGUCUAGUGACAAAACUGCCUUAUUGAAACCGGAGUAUUGUUCAUUCUAUGUAUAGUAACAAAGCAUGUAGAUAAAAAGCAUUUUAGGACAACAAACAGUCCACACUUGUCCAUCUUACCCAAAGGCUUACCAUCCCCUCAGGGUCACCUAGUCAGCCCUAAUUUCUUCAGACAGUCCAGCCAACGCCUGCAUCUUAGUCUGGUUCCCCCAAACAACGACUCGUCUCCGCAAAGAGCACCCCUCCCUAAACUGUCAGAGUUGCUUUGUUCUCACAUUCUUGGGCUUUGUCUUUGGACAAAACUAGUUUUGCAGGUUGGCUUGGGAGGAGGUAAAAUAUUGAUGCUAUAAGAGUAUGAGCAUUGCCCACUGAACAACACUCCUGAGCCAUGCUUCUUCCCUUCCUGCUUGUUUUCUUUAUAGCCACCUACUAAACUAAACCAAUAUAUUCACACAAUAAACAUCCCAAAAGCCAGGUCAACACUCACUGUUCAUAAAUCAUGACAGAGCAGUUCCAAUUUUGUCACAGGAAUAAUUUAGCAAGAAUACAGGUGACUGCGACAGAGUGGGAAGAGGAAGGCUGUCUGAGUGGGAUGUGCAAUUUUGGGUAGUAUUUUACCUGUGAUCUUUGCGAGAAGCUCCCAUUGAUUUUCUCCCAAAAGAGCUAAGUAUUCCUCAUGAUUUCUUAGUAGUCACCUCAGGGCCAAAUUCAGUGCUGGUGUAAGCAAGGCCCUUCUAAUUUGUUUCAAUGGAGUUGCAUCCACUUAUGCCAGCAGAGCAGUUAAUUUGGCCACCAGAAAGAAACUCACUUUUCCUUCAAAUAUUUUAGUAAAAUUACAGCAAACAAACAAAUUAGAGUGCAUUAAACAAGCAAGCCUGUGAAAGCCACAAGCUUCUAGGUAUCAGGUUAACUGUCCAUGUUCAUUUAGCAUUAAGCAGCAUCUGCAUGAUUAAUCUAUGGUAUAAAUAAAUUCAAACACUUUUUUUUUUUUCAAGGUCCUUGCAUGAGAGGUAGGGGUUUUUUCUUCUUCAUUUCAACAUUUUGAAGAAAUUUUUUAAAAUUUAGAAUUUGAAAAAAUGGAAAAGAUGAAUUCACAACUUUCCUGUUUUUGAGGGGGAGGAUUCCACUCUAUUUUGUAUGGUUACAGAUAUUGUUAUGGGGAUUAUAAUUAUAAAGUUAACAUAUUACAUUGUAGACUAAAUAAAUAUUCCUACCGGAAUCACUUAUUUAACACAGUUUUAUCCCAGAGAAUCUCAGUCCUUCCCGCAGUGAAAAGAAACAGAAAAUAAAUCAAAUUGUGAAACUAAUAGUACAUUUCACAUUUCAGUUGCAUUCCUUCUCCACCCUCCUCCCACAUCUGUACAGUGCCUAAAGCCUUCAUCCUGCAAUCUAUAUGCACAUGCUUAACUUUAUGCACUUGAGUAGACGCCACAGAAGUCAGCAGGACUUCUCAUAUGUCAAGUUAAGCAUGUGUGUCGAUCUUUGCAGAAUGAGCGCCUUACAUUGCAAGCUCUUUGGACUUUGUCUCCUACUUGGCUAUAAAGCACCUAAGCACACUGUUGAUGGCAUACACAUAGUAACAAUUGUCACAUAGUUAUUUUCUCUCAUAGUGACCUUGUCUAUGAAUUUACAAUAGUUUUUGACCUACAGAUGGUGCUAACAAUUUCCACAUUCAGUACAAUGUCAACGGGAGUUGUGUGUAGAAUGGGGCUAGAAUGGCUUUUGUGUACAAAAGUUAUGCAAAUACCUGUCUGCCAUGGUCUCUUCAUUAUUUGAUUCACUUGUUAUGUGCUAUUUGGGAGAGAAGAUUAGAGAAGCACCAGAGGAAAUUUACAAUAAAUGUAAAAGUUAACCAAUUUUCAUCCCCUCUAAAUGUAAAGCCUAGUUCUACAGUUAACAUUUCUGGGUUUCUGUAUGUAAAGGAUUGGUUUUCUGUACACAGUACUCUAUUUGGAGUGCAAUAUAGAGCUUACCAAUAAAUCAGCACUAUAUGAAA